GGGUCGCUAAAACCAUUGGAAUCUUGGUGAUAGCGGGCCGUCCGUUGGUACGGGUUAUGCGCUGAGGUCGAGGAAAUGGAGGUGGAACGUCUGAGGCAGUUGAUGUUAUUGUCAUCGAAGCAAAGCAACCGUGUCGCUCUUGUGGGUGGGAAUCACACCGCGGCCAGAUUUUGCACCCGCUAAGUGUUUUUGCUGAUCGAGCCUCCUCUCCUCCCUCUUUCUCUUUGCCUUUCUUACUAGCUUUCAGACCUCUAAUUUUUCUUUAGGAUCAUUUCGCUUUCCUUUAUGUCCUUUUCUGUUCACAAGUUCCUGCUCCUUUGCUCAUCUUCUCACAAGAUACCGCCUGAUCUCGUUCGCCUUUGAUAAUUCAGUAAAUUUAAUCCGUCCUCACGUCCGUGUUUUUCCUCUGGCUAAAUUUUGGAAUUCGAAGAGAAUGGCCUUGGAAUUGGCUAAGGGUUCCCAGCCGAAGCGCCCGAAAAGGCACAAACGUUUCGAUCUCGGUGGCAUCGGCUUCGAUGCUUAUGGAUCUAAGUACUUGAUCAUCAAGAUCCCUAGCUCGAGGGUCUUGAUGGUUCUGGCCCGUGCAUUGGUUCUAGCAUUCGUCAUCGCAUCUUUCUCUUGGUUGAGAUCGGGCUUGAAGAGAUCCGUUGAUCCUUACCGGGCCAUUUCCGAGGUCUAUCAGCACGUAUCGGAUCCUGUCAACUUGGAAAUGUUGCCAUUGCUUUUCCAAGAUUUAGCAAACGAAGGCUUGUUGAAAAGCGGAAAUAGCGUUGCCCUCUUGGGCAAUGGGUAUGAGGAGUCCGUCGACACCUCUAUUAUUCCGGGCAGCAAUGAGAUGGAUCGUAUUUCCAUCACCGAUUUAGAGCGGCAAAGUUCGAUCCCGAGUGACACAUUCAACUUCGCCUUCACAACCGAUUUCACUUCUUCUGCAGAAUUCAUUGAUCGAGCCCUAAAGGUUGGUGGAGUGGCGGCGAUUCUGCUAAGUAAAGACCCUAAUGUGCAAUUCGACGUGCCCCCGAACUACAAGAUCGCCUACAUUAGGAAAUUCGAAUCGACCGUCCUCGCUAUCAGGAAAACCGACGAAAGGAAAACGGCCAACUCGGCCACGCAAAGGCGGCUAUGCGGAUACGCCCCGGAGCAAAAGAAGGCGGCGCUACAGAACCUCGAAGACGUGCUCCUCGAGCCCCCACGAGCGGCCUCGAGGAGGUCCCGGGCAUACUUCAAGAGGACGAGGUACCUCCCCGACUUGAUGGGGGACUCCCUGGAGAGCUACCCGCGCCGCGUGUUCAUCGACGUGGGGCUGCCGGAGAAGGACGGGGGCACCAGCAGCACCGCGUGGUUCGCGAGGAACUACCCGACGAGGAACCUGCACUUCGAGAUGUACAAGAUCGAGACCGUGGCGGCCGAGGAGCCCACGGCCACGUCGAGCAAGGAGGCCACUGCCGCUGUGGCGGCGCAGGUGGGGAUGCCGGACUGGCUGAAGAAGAACGUGAAGGAGGAGGAGUACGUGGUGAUGAAGGCGGAGGCGGAGGUGGUGGAGGAGAUGGUGAAGAGCAAGGCGAUAGGGUUGGUGGACGAGCUGUUCUUGGAGUGCAAGCCGAAGGGCGGGGUGACGAGGAUGAGCGACAGGAGCAGGAGGGCAUACUGGGAGUGUCUGGCUCUGUAUGGAAGGCUCAGGGAUGAGGGUGUUGCCGUGCACCAGUGGUGGGGCUAACAAGCUUAAACACUUUCGUUCGUUCGUUCGUUCAUUCAUGUUCGUUCAAAUUUCUUUUUCUUGUUUGGUCGUUUGGUGUGCAUUGUGCGUACGUGUGCAUGGUGUGCGUUUUGCGUCUUUUUGUAUUUGAAUUCGAGAGGGAGAGAGAGAUAGACAGAAAGAAAAGAGUUACCCACCAAUUGUAUUAUGCUUUUUGUCAUCGUCUCAUGUAUUGAACCUUUUUGCGUCUUUCUUGACAUUCCUUUUGG